GUGUCAAAAAUUUGCUUUGUCGGAUUUGAUGAUCUGAGUUGAAACUUGUUUGUUGACCAGGAUAAGUGGCUUUGGUACUCAAUCGAGAGCAGACUUGGUCAUAAUGAGCGAGCUUCUCGAAGCCCAUGAGAGCACCCAUGCAAAAAAUCAGUCGAGGGUUGUCGAGACGGUCAAGAAAGUUUUAGGUUUCAUUUGGAGUAAUUGGCUGGUGCUGGGAUUUGGCCUUGCUUGCGUUUUAGGAUACUUCUUCCCCCAUGUUGCGGCCCGCGGUGGCAUUAUUCGGUCAGAAUAUUCCAUCUUGUACGGAGGUAUUGCAUUGAUCUUCUUCAUCAACGGGAUGCAACUCAGCCCAACGAAGCUUAAAGAACAUGUGACAAAUUGGCGUUUGCACAUUGUUGUGCAAGGCAUCAAUCUUGUUCUCAUACCAGUCAUUCAAUUGGUCAUCGUCCAUAUUAUAAUAGCUGCCGGAGGGGUAAGCUCGGGGACGAUAGAUGCUAGCAUCCUCGUUGGAAUGGUUGUAGUUAGUUGCAUCCCGACGACUAUCGCAUCUAAUGUGGUAAUGACGAGGAAUGCGGGUGGUGAUGAAGCUGCUGCUAUCAUUGAAGUUGUAAUUGGCAAUGUUGUUGGAUCCUUUCUCUCGCCGUGGCUAAUCUAUGGAUUUCUUCCUAACGGAAGCGAGUUCGAUUCACUUAAACCGGCGAAAGCAAAUACAUUAGGGCCGAUGUACGCCAACGUCAUUGAGCAAUUAGGGCUCAGCGUCCUCGUUCCACUCGUAGUUGGCCAGGGCUUAAGAUGGACAUUUCCGAAGCGGGUGCCUUGGAUACUGAGUACAUUUUACCUGCCACAAUUCUGCUCGGUAUUGCUUAUGCUAGUAGCCUGGUCGACCUUUUCAGGAGCGUUCCAGACGGGGGCACUGACUGCUCUGCCUAAAUCGUCUGUGAUAUUUAACGUUUUUAUAAACAUAGCAGAGUAUAUCUUGUUUACUGCUAUCUGCUUCUGGAUAGCAUCGCCACCGGAGAUCCUUAUUAAGGGAAUUAACGGCUACGUUGCUGACUCGCGUAUAGGCUCAUAUCUACCUAAGAUUAUUAGAAAGGCCGUGACGGCGAGAAAGAUGCCAAAGGAACUUGUUGUUGCUGUCUGCUUCUGUGGAGCUGCAAAGACCACGAGCGUAGGCAUCCCGUUAGCUGCCGCCAUGUGGUCUCAGCUUGACAACUUUACCAUCUCGUCUAUCCAAGUGCCAGUACUGCUGUAUACGGUAGAGCAGGUGUUCAUUGCACAAUUCUUCACUAUCUUCUUCAAGUGGUGGUUACAUCGAACCGAUAAGGGGCUCCUAGAUGCCGAGUCAGCUAUGACUCGAGAAGAAAAUCAAGCUAUGGACGAGGUAGAUAGCACUCGCCAAGACAAGGGGAAUGCAAACCGUGGUAUUCCGCCCGAGUCAACCGAUGCGAGCUUGUUGGGUGAGAAAGAAGUUUCAUGAAAAUGCGAUUUAGUAGGUAGAUACCUUACGCCCGUGGGAGAAAUAAAUGUGUUUGGAUGUAGAUGUGGUAGUUGAUAAGGUACUGGAGAAAUUUCCGUGACCUCGAUGAUGAGAUACUUUUCUUAGGUCUUGCAUAGACUUUACGGUUUAUAUGGUUAAUUCAAUACGUCAUAUUUAAUCUUUAUCCGUGUAACGAGGAGAUAGGCACCUGCAGAAUUGCAGGUCGCAGUUUCUAUCUAAAGGUGACGGGAAUUACUACCUCAUUACCUCAUUACGUGGGGCCAGAGUU